UGUCCAUCUGCUGUAGGAUAUUUCAAAGAUGGUUUGGCUGCCAUUGAGACUUGGAGAUCUGAUGCCACAAUGAGGACUCACACACGGGGAGCCCCAAGUGUGUUUUUCAUACAAGUGGUUUGCUUUGCCUUUGCCUACGGCACCAGGGAGGACCCGGACGCGAUGGUUCCUUUUGUCAAUGCCAACUACGACAGCUACCCCAUGCUCUACUUCUCCAAAGGAGACGUGGAGACUCUCCGUCUCCAGGCCACCACCACGCACCAGCACAUUGCAGCUCGUCUGAUCGAGGCAGUGCAAACGAUGCUGUCGAAUCCUCUGGAGUACCUUCCUCCCUGGGACCCAAAGGAGUUCAGCGCUCGGUGGAAUGAAAUUUAUGGCAACAACCUUGGGGCCCUGGCAAUGUUCUGUGUGCUCUACCCUGAAAACAUCGAGGCCAUCAGCAUGGCCAAGGAUUACAUGGAGAGGAUGGCAGCUCAGCCUAGUUGGCUAGUGAAGGAUGCCCCGUGGGAUGAAGUCCCUCUCGCUCACUCCUUAGUUGGUUUUGCCACUGCUUAUGACUUCUUGUACAGCUAUCUGAGCAAGAUUCAACAAGAGAGAUUUCUUGAGGUAAUUGCCAAUGCCUCAGGAUAUAUGUACGAAACAUCAUACAGACGUGGAUGGGGCUUCCAGUACCUCCACAACCACCAGCCUACCAACUGUGUGGCCCUGCUGGCUGGAAGCCUGGUUCUGAUGAAUCAAGGCUACCUUCAGGAAGCUUACUUGUGGACCAAGCAAGUGUUGGCAAUCAUGGAGAAGUCAGUAGUCCUGCUGCAGGAGGUCACAGAUGGCUCCCUCUAUGAAGGGGUGGCUUAUGGCAGCUACACGACCAGAUCGCUGUUUCAGUACAUGUUUCUUGUCCAAAGGCACUUUGGUAUCAAUCACUUCAGCCACCCCUGGCUCAAACAGCACUUUGCAUUUAUGUACAGGACUGUCCUGCCAGGGUUUCAGAGAACUGUGGCCAUCGCGGAUUCCAACUAUAACUGGUUCUACGGGCCAGAGAGCCAGCUGGUGUUUCUCGACAAAUUUGUCAUGCGCAAUGGCAGUGGGAACUGGUUGGCAGAGCAGAUCAGAAGGAACCGAGUGGUGGAGGGCCCGGGGACACCAUCCAAAGGGCAGAGGUGGUGCACUCUCCACACUGAAUUUCUCUGGUAUGAUGCAAGUUUGCACUCUGUACCUCCGCCAGACUAUGGGGUUCCUAAGCUGCAUUAUUUUGAGGACUGGGGAGUGGUAACCUAUGGAAGUGCUUUGCCAGCUGAAAUCAACAGGCCUUUCCUCUCCUUCAAGUCAGGAAAGCUGGGAGGACGUGCAAUAUAUGAUAUUGUUCAUAAGAACAAGUACAAAGAGUGGAUCAGGGGGUGGAGGAACUUUAAUGCUGGCCAUGAACAUCCAGACCAGAACUCCUUUACUUUUGCUCCCAAUGGUGUACCUUUCAUAACAGAAGCUCUGUAUGGGCCAAAAUAUACUUUUUUUAAUAAUGUGUUAAUGUUUUCCCCUGCCGUGUCCAAGAGCUGCUUCUCCCCAUGGGAAGGGCAGAUUACAGAAGACUGUUCCUCAAAGUGGCUUAAAUAUAAACAUGACUUGGCUGGUGACUGUCAGGGACGAGUGGUUGCCGCCAUGGAGAGAAGCGGGGUGGUUUUUAUCAGGGGAGAAGGAGUAGGUGCAUACAAUCCUAAACUGAAGCUGAGAAAACUGCAGAGAAACCUCAUACUCCUCCAUCCCCAGCUUCUCUUGCUAGUGGACCAAAUCCAUCUAGAAGAUGACAGCCCCCUGGAGGCAGCGACCAGUUUCUUCCACAAUGUGGAUGUGCCUUUUGAAGAAACAGUUGUUGAUGAUGUCCAUGGGGCCUUUAUUAGACACCGUGAUGGGAUAUAUAAGAUGUACUGGAUGGAUGACACUGGCCACAGUGAGAAGGCUACCAUUGCCUCAAGGAUGUAUCCCCGGGGCUACCCGUACAAUGGAACGAACUACGUGAAUGUAACGACCCUCUUGCGGCACCCCGUCACCAGGGCCAUUUACCUUUUCAUUGGGCCCUCUGUCGACGUGCAGAGCUUCACCGUCCGCGGAGAUUCUCCACAGCUGGAUGUUUUCGUUACCACCAGUGAGCAUGCCUAUGCCGUGUAUGUGUGGCCCGUUGAGGAUGGGUCCCGCUCUGUCUUUGCACAGGUUAUUGCAGACCGACAGAAAAUUGUCUUUGACCGAGCCUCUGCCAUUAGGAGCUCUGCGGUGCCAGAAGUGAAGGACUAUGUAGGGAUCGUGGAGAGGAACCUGCAGCAUUUUAAGCCUGUUUUUCAGCAGCUUGAGAAGCAGAUCUUGUCUCGUGUACGCAACACAGCUAGCUUUAGGAAGACUGCUGAGCGCCUGCUGAGGUUUUCAGAUAAGAGACAGACAGAGGAGGCCAUUGACAGGAUAUUUGCAAUCUCACAGAGGCAGCAGCAGCAGCAUGGCAGAGCAAAGAAAAACAGAAAAGUAGCCAAAGGCUACAAAUUUGUUGAUGCCGUUCCUGACAUUUUUGCACAAAUUGAGGUAAAUGAAAGAAAGGUGCGGCAAAAGGCACAGACUCAAGCACAGAAAGAGUUGCCUGUAGAUGAAGAUGAGGAAAUGAAAGAUCUUCUGGAUUUUGCAGAUAUCACUUAUGUGAAGCAUAAAACUGGGGUGUCAAUCAAAGGCCGAUCAGGGCUGGCACAGAUGGUGACGACUGCUCGAAGUAGUGCCCCAUCAAUAUCAGCUUCUUAUACCCGCCUCUUUCUGAUUCUCAACAUUGCAAUUUUUUUUGUCAUGUUAGCAAUGCAGCUCACAUAUUUCCAGAAGGCCAAGAGACUGCAUGGCCAAAGAUGUCUGUAUGCCAUACUUUUAGUAGACAGCUGUAUAUUAUUGUGGCUGUAUUCUUCUUGUUCUCAGUCACAAUGUUAGCAGAAGACCUCUACUAGUCGACCAGUUUAUGGUCAUAUAUGUCUAUGCAAAAGCAUUAACCCUAAUAGGGCCAAAGUUUAUCUUCUUUUUUCUGAAACAUUCCAAAAACAGCUGGGGAAAGACCAGAAGGGAUGGAAGAAUAGGGUAAGCAAUCAGUAUCUCUGAAAACUAAGUACUUAAUAAGUACUCCUUCUUUGUGUUUUGAGUUGGGCCUCACAUCUGAGGGAAUGUUAUGCUUUGUUCAUCAGAGUUCAGUAAUGUAAAGUUGUAAUUAAUUUUGGGGUGAGAAGAGCCCUCAUAAUA